AUGGCUGUAAGACAGGUAUCUAAAAUAUUUGUGGCAUCGAAAGUGGCCAACAUAGCAGACAUCCUGCGACAGUCCCUCAAGGAGGCGGGUCUGGGCGCUGUUUGUGUGCAGCAGCUGACACUUUCUAACAAUGAUACAGGGUUAUCCAAGGAAAGCUUGGACAAGAUCCCUGGCAUUGAGGUCCUGCUUGCUGAUCCAGUAUUUAUAGCUCAAGUUUUGGUACAUCCCGGUAACAAGUCUAGAUGGAUUCAAAACACUUUUGCUGGUCUUGAUGCUAUAGUGAGAGCUUUGGGGACACUGGAGAAACCACCUGAAUUUUUGUUGACUCGGCAAACAGAAGGCUUUGGGCAAUCAAUGGCAGAAUAUGUCAUUGGUCAAAUAGUUGCAAGAGAAAGGAAUUUUCCACUGAUGAAUGAUUUGCAAAGGGCAUCCAGAUUUGACUAUUCACAGCUGACCCAGUACAGACGCCUGAAUGAGUUAAACCUGGGAAUUCUGGGACUUGGAAAUAUUGGGACAGAAGUGGCCCGUCAGUGCAAAGCUGUCAACAUGACAGUGUGGGCGGCUGUCAGAGAUGAGCGGCUUUUUACAGGCCAAACCAGCCAUCAGCAUGUCCACUAUCUCAGACCCAUGUCCAAGUUGCCAGAACUGCUACAGGAAGUGGACUACCUGGUCAGUAUUUUACCCAGCACGCCAGGCACACGAAACCUCCUCAGUGGUGAUGUUCUGAAACCGUGUGCAGGAAAGAAAACUGUAUUUAUCAACAUUGGACGGGGAGAUAUCAUCGAUGAUGCCAGCCUGAUACACGCUGUCAGGUCAGGCUGGUUGGGUGGUGCCAUAUUGGAUGUCUUUAACACAGAACCCCUGCCCAGUGAGAGUCCCUUGUGGACUUUGCCUGGAGUCACUAUAACACCACAUGUUAGUGGUAUCACUGAUACCAGUACAGCUGUGAAAACAUUUGUCAAUAACCUGAUUCGUUACCAAAAUGGCCAGCCUCUUAUCAAUCAGGUGGACUUGACGCGUGGAUAUUAA